AUGCUUGAUAACACCCUGGCAUUAUUUCUUGAUAUUUUGAAUUAUUCUAGAAGCUUUAAUCUCUUGAAAAUUUUACAGACCCAGUUGCUAGGGGCGUUUGUCUUAGCUGUAGGCAUUUAUGCAGAAGUUGAAAGACAGAAAUAUAAAACCCUUGAAAGUGCCUUCUUAGCUCCAGCGAUCAUCCUUAUUCUCUUGGGCAUCGUAAUGUUCCUUGUGUCCUUUCUGGGAGUAUUGGCUUCUCUGAGGGACAAUUUAUGCCUUCUUCAAACUUUUAUGUACAUUUUGGGCUUUUGUUUGCUCAUUGAACUAAUUGGUGGAGUUAUGGCCUUAAUUUUCCGAAAUAAGACAAUUGAGUUUUUAAAUGAGAAUAUCGGAAGAGGAAUUCAGAAUUACUAUGAUGACUUGGACUUCAAAAACAUUAUGGAUUUUGUUCAAAAGGAGUUUAAGUGUUGUGGUGGUGAAGAUUUUAAAGAUUGGUCACAAAAUCAAUAUCAUGAUUGCUCUGCUCCAGGACCAUUAGCCUGUGGAGUCCCAUAUUCUUGUUGUGUUGCAAAUAAGGUAAAAACAGUACAUUAUUCUCAAUUAGUUGGGCAGCUUUUUGAGUGUUUGUCACAUUGUGUAAAAUCAAUAGUUUUCCCCUUAAAGGUAAGCUUGUCAACAAAAAGAAUAAUCUGUGGAAACAUUCGUGAUAAAGGGUGCAGAGAAGAGUAACAAAGAUGAUAAAGAGUCUGGAGGCUAAACCAUAUGAUUGAAGGAACUAGGUGUGCCUAGUCUAAUAAAGAGGACUAAGGGAGAUACGAUGGCAGUCUUCCAGUACUUGAGAGGCUGUCACAGAGAUGAGGGGGUUGACCUAUUCUCCAAAGUACCCAAGGGAGGACAAAAAGUAACAGGUGGAAGAUCAUUA